AUGGCAACUGUAGUCGAAGCUUUCAAAAUGGGCUUAAAGAAGGAUUCUCCCUUCUAUGAAGAUCUCGUAAUGACCCCAUGUGUAAUCAUUGCCAUGCAUGAUCUUGGAAACAAAGCACGAUGGCCAAGAAAAGCAGAAAGAUCCAUCGCUUGGAAAGACAAGUCCAAAUUGUGUUCAUAUCAUCAAGACUUUGGUCACGUCAUGGAGGAUUGCAUAACUCUCAGGAACGAUAUUAGCUAUCUCUUGGGAAAAGGAUACCUCAAAGAAAUCCUAGGAAGAAGAAAGGAGAAAACCAAAGAAAAAGACCAGGAUCCUAAGAUGAUCCUGGAAAGACCAGGAUCCCCCCACCCCCCAACUGAAGCAAAGGUAAUCAAUGUGAUCUCUAGAGGAUCUAACAUUUAUGGUACAUCUUACUCUGCAGCAAAAAGGCACGCCAUGGUGUCCAAAACGCAGAAAGAAAAAGGACAAAAGAAAACAACCAUCACUAACGAGAAGGAGAUAACCUUCGACGAGGCGGAUAGGCAAGAUGCCCAGGAUCCUCACUAUGAAGGAUUAGUAAUUACUUUGUACAUCGUUAACCAUAUCAUUAGAAGGAUCCUUUUCGAUGGAGGAUACUCAGUUAACAUCAUACUCCUGGACGCGUUAAAAAGAAUGAACAUUAUAGAGUCAGAGAUAUUUGCAAAAUCCUCAGUACUGAUAGGAUUCAGUGGUGAAACCAAGAAAACCAUUGGCAAAAUAAAGCUACCAAUCUACUUAGAGGGAGUAAACUCUGUAUAA